AUGUCACUCACAAAAGAGUUAAAAGAGGAAUACAAAGAACAUGCGCGCGCCUACAAUGAAGAAUACCAGACCAUCCCCAACAGCAUCAUGGAGACGCAACUCCUAGCCUCCGCACUAGGCGACUGCACAGGCCACACCGUCCUCGACCUCGGCGGCGGAACCGGCGUGCGCGCGCGAGAAGUCAUCGAUCUCGGCGCCGCCAGCGUAGACGUCGUCGACCUAUCGCCGGAUAUGCUCAGCGCGGGACGUCGAACCACCUCGGGCGCGGGAGCCAAGUACGCCGACAACAUCAGGUGGCACGAAGGCGACGUCUCGAAGCCGCUGUCGCACCUACCGCUGCGCCAGACCUACGACCUCGUCAUGGCCAACUGGGUCAUGGACCACGCGGCCAGCCUCGCCGAGCUCGAGGCCAUGUGGCGCAACGUCGCCGCGUACCUUGGUCCCGGCGGCCGCUUCGUCGGCGUGCGCUCCGGCGACCCGUACGCGGCCUGCGCCGCGCAGGGGAAAUACGGUAUUAGGUAUAAGGACUGGAAGGAUGUCCCCGGAGGCGUCUUCUUCCGGUACGAGGUGGCGACCGUGCCGCCCAUCGAUAUCAUGGCCUCGUCGUGGGAGGUGACGUACUCCGGGUCGACGGAGAUGAUGGAGAAGGUUGGGCUGGGCGAGAUUGAGACGGAGCCGUAUGAGAAUGCGGAGGUGGUUAAGAAGGACCUUGGGUUUUGGGAGCUGUUCUUGGAGAAUCCGUCAAUGGUGGUUGUGAAGGCGCGGAAGUUGGCGGGGACGUGA